UAGCUUUAUUUGAAAAGCAUAUUUUGAUGCCCUUUCUUGAGGAUGUUGAGUAGCUACUUUGUCAUAACGUUUGACUGGAUGUUUGAGAGCCAGGCGAUGCAAAAGAAUUGUGGCAUACGUACAAGCAUGAGCAAGAAAAUAAUUGAAAACACAUACCCUAGUGACAGGAAUCAACACACAUGUUCUGCUUUAGAAAGCAAUGAGAUCCCUGUCUCACAGCAGAUAUCUACUUACAGCAAAGCAGCCAGUAUCAUCCAACGAGCAUGGAGGACACAUGUUGAUAUUGCUGUUUUCAAGCACCUCAAGAAACUUGUAAGCUUUCAUAAUCAAGGGGACCCACGGCUCUUUCUUAGGUUUAUUAACCCUAUGGAGGCUAAGAUUUUAGACGCUGCUUCGGGGGCCCUUAUUCGUUUCAGACUGGGUGGGGCAACCUAUCCACCAAAUAUCUACUAUAAAAUCUACACUCGUGCACCAAUAGUGGACAUGUGUGCCAACAGUCCUAAAGAUUACACACAUACACAGCAAAAGAAACUUGUUCCUAUGCAUAAUGGCCCGAUGAUUUAUGAUGAUCAUUCUGGGUGGUACCAGCGGGUGGAGAAUAAUGGCUGGAGAAUCUUGUCUGGCAAGAUGUCCAUAUUUGAAGAUCCAAUAACUCUGGAAACCAAUGGCAAGACGACAGAAUUUCAUUAUUGCAGAAUGAAUCGGCAACAAGAUGUUGCAAGAAAAAGGAAGAUUCGAAAAAUUGAAUGGAUGAGGAAAAUGUAUGCAGAAGGCCUACAAGCUGGUACCCAAUACAGUGACACAGCAUUAUUGGUGCAAAAGUCCACACAGAGAAUGAAUUCAGUUGAACACAAUGAACCAGAUUGGGUUUCAGAGCAGGAGGUGGAUGAUCUGCUUGCAUGGACCAAUUCUCUCAAUUUUGAUGAGUAUAUCAGUGAAUGGAAGGAUUUAGGUACCAGCAGUUGUUACAUAUUGAACAAAGAUAAACUACCCUUUCUUGCUCUGCCUGACACUUGCAAGUCCCCUCAGAUCAGUCAGGAUGACAGUCAAGUGAUGACCCAACAUCAGGGUAGCUUCUGAGACUGGAAAAUUUGAUGCUGGGCUAAGGCAAAAAAAAUACUUCUAGCAUUAUUCUGCUCAAAGUCUGAUGUGCUAAUUGCAUUUUAGUAAAACUGGUUUGAAUGCUUAUAAAUGUUUUAUUUAUUUAUUUUUGAAAAGUGUAAUGCAUGUCAUAGAAUUAGUAUUAGGUGGAAACAUUUGGCAUUGUUUUCAUCUACGGAAACUUUAGACUUUAUCACUAAUAUGCCCUCACAUUUUAUCUGUGUUUAGAAAAAGUACUAUAUUAUUAACCUAAUUUUUAUUUUCAAUUAAAUCCAUUUAUAUUCAAUAUAUGUAUAAAUGUAAGUACAA